GCUGGGAGUGGAGGGAUCGCGAGCCCCAUGCAGCCCUCGUUGCCUCCACGCUGCUCGCUGCAGGACCUGCCUCCAGAGAUGCUGUUGGAGAUCUUCGCCUUCCUUCCCUGCACGGACCUGGCCAGCCUGGCCCAGGCUUGCACCCAAUUCCGCAGCAUCCUGCACACCGACAGCAUCUGGAGACAGCGCUGCAGGGAGGAGUAUGGCGUUUGUGAAAACUUUCAGGACUUGGAGGCCAUGGGUAUGUCUUGCCGAGAAUUCUAUACGAAGUUGCUCCACCCAUACAGAAACAUUUUGGGAUUGUGGCUGCUCGAUGUCCGGAGAGACCUGCUGAAGGUAGCGGUGGACGGCUUCUGCAUUACUGGUUGGAGGUACAUGCCUCCUUACUAUUACCUCUAUGUGGAUGUCCCAAAGCCAUGGAAGCCCUCGUUUAGAAUUCGCCUGACGAGGAAAUCUGCCCAGGUGGAAUGCAUGGAAGACUACUGUAGGGUCCAUGACGGGCACUACAGAAGGCCCCACAUAUGCCACCUGAAGAUUCAGAAGGAUUGGUUCACCAUCACAGAUGAGAUUAUCCAAAAGUAUUUCCCAAAGUCUGUGAGUUACCGUAAUCCUGACUGCCUAACCUACAGCCGCGUCUACCUCCCACCCAGCCACCCUGAUGACCUCAUCAGGCCAGGCAUCUUCCAAUGCAACUGUAAUGCCUACAGUCUAAAGAUUGCCCUGCUCAGCUUCCAUGGGAACUAUGCCAGGGCCACAAAUUUCGCGGGAGACCCCCUCAAUUCUGCCCGGAAGGAGACUUUAAAGAUCCACCUCCUGCACCGCAUCCAGGUGCUAAAUGUGGAGAUCCUCCGCAACUUCGACAUGCUCUCCUCCAUCGUCCAGGAGAUUCGGGAGCAGGUGAUCCAGGAGCAGCUUGAGAACAGCGAGGGCCAUGGCUGGCAGAGCCCUGCCCAGCCCAGCGCCAGGGAGUCCAGGGCUGCAGCUUUGGAGGAGCAGCCUGCCCACAGCUUUGUUCUGCCUGUGGGUGUGGACUCAAUAGACCAGAACUACCCCCGAACCUACAGGAUGUGUUUCUAUGGCGAAGACAUUGUUUACUAUCCUGACUCCUUCCACCCUCAGCGUUUCCUUGGAAUCUUCAUCCUGUUUGAUGAGAACCAAUUUGGGUUCCUCUGUGUGGAGCGGAGAUUCUUCACCCUGUACAGCAGAAUCCGGGACACCUUCAAGAAUGUGGAGGCACCUUCGCCACAGGCCUUCCUGGAGAUGCUCAGAAACAUUGAGGCCCUACCCCCGGGAGAAAUAUGAUUUUCACUUUGAAGA